GUAUUCUGGCCAGCUAAAGGGUCGUAAACCUUCAAUGAUACCAGAAGCCAAGUUUCACACAAAAGAGCCAAAAAUGGCUCCCCAAACAUCUGUAGUAAAGAAAGAGCCCAGUUCAUUAGAGUCAGCAAGUUCAUCACCAAAUUUAACACAAGGCAAAGCAGAUGUUGACAUUAAGAUGAAUGGUGAAAAGGAUGACAGGAAAGACAGAUCUGCCAACUCUAACAGUAAUAAAAAUGAAUUGGCCAUCAGCAGGAAAGUAGAAUCAAGUUCAAAGUUGAAGGAUAAAUGUAGUAAAGAAGACAAAGAUGAGAAAUCAAUAAGGAAAAUAAAGGAAGAAAAAGGUCACAGGUCAAAUAAAAGUCACAGAGAAGAAAAAGACAAGAUUCACUCUGAAAAAAGGAAGGAAGAGAAUGGAAGAGAGGUGAAAAUUAAAAAAGAAAAAGAUGAAGUGAAAAGAGAUGGAAGAAGUAAGAUUGACGAAAAAGAACAGCGUGCCAGUAGUGUUACAUCCAGCUCUAGUCAAGGUUCUACUCCGGCAACUAAACAAGAUCUUUCCCCAGUUAGAGAUGAAUCUGAACGAGGUGAUUUUACCUAA